UCUAUGAAUCUUAUAGGGGAUUAGGAUGUUAUGAUAACAUCAGUCGAAAGCAGGGAAAAUGGUUAGAAUAUCAUGAAAAGUUCAAAAGGUACACUUUUAUACUACUAUAUUCUUUCACGUUAUUAUACAUGCCCGAUAAUAUAUAUUGGAGAUUAUAAUGAGGGUUUAAAAAUUGGAAUGUGGAAAAUUUUAAUUAGGAAAGUUUGGAGAUUGUGUAGAAAAUAUACAAUAGAUUUUAGAGGAGGAGGCAAUUUUAAUGAAAAUGGAUUAAAAACAGGUAUGUGGUUAGAAGUAGAGGAUUAUAGGAGGUUUGUAAUUUCAAUUUUAUUAUUUUAUUUAAGUCCUACUAUUAUUUUGUAGUAAGGAAUAUAUUAAAAUGGAAUGAAAAUUGGAAAAUGGGAAAUUAAUUCUCAGCACAAAAUAAUGUAAUAAAUUGACCAUCUAAUUAUUUAGAGGUGGAGGUAAUUAUAAUGAAAAAGGAUAAAAUUUGGAUAAUAGAUUGAGAUUGAUGAAAAAAAAUAUUGGGAGUUGAAUAUAUAAAUUAAAUAAAAUU